AUGUACUACAUGCUUUACCUUGCGAGUCUCUGUCGCCGCCGACAAUGGCCCGAACCAUCCUACAGGUCCAGCGCCACAAGGUCCGGCUACACUUGCGUGGUCCGCGUACACAACCGCGAAUAUCACACAGACGUCUACUGCGAGUCGGAAACACUCGCCCAGGAGAGUGCCGCCAUGCGCGCCUACCUGAUUUGUCGCAAUUUCUCCGUCAACGACGGGAUGUACCCUGCUGGUCAUGAUCAUGGAGGUGUGGUUCAGGGAAUUCCGGUGGCAAUUGGCACUGGGCGCUGA